AACACCAUGACAAGCGGGAGGGAGGCAUCGGCUCGGGGAGAAGAGGGAAGGCUGCGUAAAGAGAAGGACAGCAAAACGGAGUGAGAGUAGCACUUUGUGCUUCAUAAAUGGAGCUAUUUUCCGUCGCGGAGUCACAGAACUGACCGACACAACCACGGCUCGACAUGGCGAAGAACCAGGAAGUGGAGCGCAUCGCCAAAAAGCUGGACAAAAUGGUCCAGAAGGAGAGCACGGAUGGUGCUCUUGAUUUACUGAGGGAACUGCAAAACAUCAAGAUGUCCCUGGAGACUCUGCAGUCGACCAGAGUCGGGAUGUCUGUGAACGCAGUGAGGAAGCAGAGCUCCGAUGAAGAGGUUCAGACGCUGGCCAAAUCUCUGAUCAAAUCCUGGAAAAGACUGCUGGAUGGUUCAGAAGGGAAAUCAGAGAAGAAGGAGAAGAAGAAGGAGGGCUCUCCUGUGAGGUCAUCGUCCACCUCCAGCGACUCUGGCAGCAGUGGGAAAAGCAGGAAAUCUGGAGACACUCCCACAACGCCGACCACUCCCUCUACCCCCACCCUCCCCCUGAUCACCUCCUUCCCUCCCGCCCCCGUCACCAGCGACAGCGUGAGGAACAAGUGUCGAGAGCUGCUGGUGGCGGCUUUGCAGACAGACGAUGACUACAAGACCAUCGGCGUGGACUGCGACCACCUCGCCGCGCAGAUUGAGGAUCAGAUCUUCCAGGAGUUUAAAUCCACAGAUAUGAAAUAUAAAGCUCGCCUCCGAAGCCGCAUCUCCAACCUGAAAGACCAGAAGAAUCCGGACCUGCGGCGGAACGUCCUGUGUGGAAACAUCUCGGCUCAGCGCAUCGCCAGCAUGACUGCUGAGGAGAUGGCGAGCGCCGAGCUGAAGCAGAUCCGAGAGGCUCUGACCAAAGAGUCCAUCCGAGAGCAUCAGCUGUCCAAGGUGGGAGGGACGGAGACGGACAUGUUCGUCUGCAGCAAGUGUCACGGGAAGAACUGCACGUACACGCAGGUGCAGACCCGCAGCGCUGACGAGCCCAUGACCACCUUUGUUCUGUGUAACGGCUGCGGCAACCGGUGGAAGUUCUGUUGAAGACCAUGUGGAGGAUUUCCCUUUGGAAUCAAGCUCACGGAAAUGAUUCAAAAGUAAUAAUUUUCAUUUUGACCUUUUUUUUAUUUUGUAGUUUUUUUAUAUUUAUAAUGCUAACAACUGUAAACUAUUUGUAAGGAAAUAUGCAAGUUGAUGUUGUCUAUUGGUUGAAUUCAUUUUGUACGGAGCACUUAGACUUUGACAGCAGAUUCAAAGUGUAGCCGCGCAUUAAUCGCAGUAGCGCCUCGUGGAGACGACGGAUGUGCCUUUCUUUGCUAUGAUGCACUGACACAUGCUGUAAUAAAGGUACUGCUGAAAUCAAACCACA